AUAAUUUAUUGCACAACAGCGGCUGAGCUAGUAGUACAUGAUGAUGAGAGGUUGCUUUAGUUCUUAUUCGAUGCACAUCGCCAAUUGAGUGGCACAAUCAUUAAAAAGACUUUUGGGGUACUAGAGGACCUAUUGAAAUAGAAGCUUACCUCAACAACAGCACAGUCCCUUCUGCCUCUGGGAUGGACGACUCAUUGAUCAUUUACGUCGUUGCGUCCAUGGUUACGGUCAUGGCCAUCAGUUGUUGGAGGAGACGGUGCCAGAAAUCACUAGCCCCGGUUCCGUCAGGGUCUCUUGGAUGGCCUCUCAUCGGCGAGACCAUCAAAUUCGUGGCUUGUGCCUACUCUUCUCGCCCUGAGAGCUUCAUGGAAAAACGUCAAUGUUUGUACGGUAAAGUAUUCAAGUCACACCUUUUCGGCAAGCCAACUAUUGUUUCCACAGAUCCAGAGGUCAGCAAGUUCAUUCUGCAAAGCGUUUCUGAAGAUUUUGUGCCAUUCUUCCCGGGCUCGCUCACUGAGCUGGUGGGCAAGUCUUCCAUCCUAGUGAUCAAUGGGAGCCUGCAAAGGAGAGUUCAUGGACUAAUUGGAUCCUUCUUCAAAUCUCCAAUCCUAAAAGCUCACAUCACUGCGGACAUGCAGAGGGACUUGCAAGAGAUUAUGGCUAGUUGGAGGGAUGACCAGAUUGUCUACAUCCAAGAGGAAGCCAAAUAUAUGGUGUUUCAGAUAAUGGUGAAAACCUUGAUCGGUUUAGGCCCGGGGGAGCAUUUGCAGUUCCUAAGGCAUCAGUAUCAGAAAUUUGUUGCAGGAAUCAUUUCCAUACCUGUGAAAAUACCUGGGACUAGAUUCUAUAGAUCACUGCAGGCAAAGAAGAGAAUGAUGAAGCUUGUAAAAUACAUCAUCCAGGAGAAGAAAAAGAACAACACCGGAUGCAUUUCAAGAGACAUCAUAGAUGCGUUUCUCAACGAUGGGAGCGGUCAACUAACUGAUGAUCUGAUUCUCGACAACGUGAUUGAUUUGAUGAUACCAGCUGAGGACUCCGUACCAGUACUUAUUACUCUAGCGAUAAAAUACCUCAGCGACUGCCCACUUGUUCUCCAAAAAUUGAAGGAAGAGAACACGAAGCUGAAGCAUAAGUCCCUUGAAGGUGAAGAUUUGCAAUGGAUGGACUACAUGUCAUUGUCAUUUACACAAAAUGUUAUAUCAGAAACACUACGAAUGGGGAACAUAAUUCCUGCAGUCAUGAGGAAAGCCAUCAAAGAUGUGGAGGUAAAAGAUCACUUCAUACCUGAGGGUUGGUGCGUGCUCCCCUAUUUCAGAUCUGUUCACCUGGACAAGGAAAUCUAUGACGAUGCUUACAAGUUCAAUCCAUGGAGAUGGAAAGAUAAGGACACAGCUGCAUCAAGCUUUACACCAUUUGGAGGUGGACAGAGACUUUGCCCGGGAAUUGAUCUCUCAAGGCUAAUAGCCUCCAUUUUCCUCCACCACCUGGUCACUGGCUUCACGUGGGUUGCAGAGGAGGACCACAUGGUAAACUUUCCCACUGUAAGAAUGCAAAGAAACAUGCCUAUUAAAGUAAAGCGGAAGAAUAUCGAUAUUCUUCUCAGUUGAUGCGUAGAAAGAUACUCAAGUCCAGCCUCGCAAACAGAAUAGCUGUUGUAAGUAUGUCCGCAACAUCCACAAAGCAAAGCAAGAAUAGCAUAUGACAUACAAUGUCAUAUAGCUGCUAAAGAUUGAGUGUAUAGUAAAGAAUGCUAUUAUAGUGAACAGUCACUUCAAAAGUUCUAUUAUAUCGAAUAACCGCUGAAAGAACUCUUUCACCCUUUUCCAAUAUUGCAAUCAUUUUCUAUAGACUCGAGCUGUAGGGUAAGUUUCAGAGCAACAAGAGA